ACACGCUUUUACCGUCUGGUAUAUACACCUACCGCCAAACAACUUUGGUUUAGUUUGACUGGCCUGACUGCAUUAUGUUUUGUCUUUGAGGGACCGCCUUCACAGGGAACAGUCAGCUGUGGGAAGUGAUCGACCGCAGUGGACGGAGGUGCGCACAAGAGGAAAGAUGGGCUACUUUCCAGACUUUUCCAUCGAGACCUGGACUUUAAUAGUGAUUGUCAUCACUCUCAUCGCAGUGUAUGGAUAUGCUCCAUAUGGCUUUUUCAAGAAAAUAGGCAUCCAUGGACCCAAACCUUUGCCAUUUAUUGGGACAUUUCUGGAGUACAAAAGGGGUGUCCACAUUUUUGACACAGAAUGCUAUAAGAAGUAUGGAAAGUUGUGGGGGUUGUAUGAUGGCAGGCAGCCUCUAUUGGCUGUUAUGGACACAGCUAUGAUCAAAACAAUCUUUGUUAAGGAGUGUUAUUCUGUCUUCACCAACAGACGGAAUUUUGGCCUAAAUGGACUAUUAAGAGAUGCUGUAUCAGAAGUGGAAGAUGAGGAAUGGAGGAGGAUUCGCAGUAUACUCUCUCCAUCAUUUACCAGCGGACGACUGAAAGAGAUGUACUCAAUAAUGUUGCAGCACUCAAACAAUCUGAUCAAGAGUCUUCAGAAGAAAGUAGAGGCGGAUGAAGUCAUUGAGGUUAAAGAAGUAUUUGGACCUUACAGUAUGGAUGUAGUGACCAGCACUGCCUUCAGUGUCGACGUCGAUUCCAUCAACCAUCCUUCUGAUCCAUUUGUAUUGAACAUUAAGCGAAUGGUCAAGUUCAACUUCAUGAAUCCCUUGCUUGUGCUUGUUGUUCUGUUUCCAUUUUUGGGGCCAAUAUUUGAUAAGAUGGAUUUUUCCUUCUUCCCUGCUGACGUGGGCUAUUUCUUCUACAACUUUCUGAAGACAAUCAAAUCAGACCGGAAUAAGAAUGAACACAAAAACCGAGUGGACUUCAUGCAGUUGAUGGUGGACUCUCAGAUUUCAGAGAACGAGAAAGACAGUACGAGCCCCCAAAAAGGGCUAACUGAUCGUGAGAUCCUUUCUCAGGCCAUGAUAUUCAUUUUUGCUGGCUAUGAAACCAGUAGCAGCACACUGUGCUUCAUAGCCCACAACCUGGCAACCCACCCUCACAUCCAAAAGACCCUGCAAGACGAGAUUGAUGAAACUUUUCCAGAGAAGGGUCAGCCAACCUAUGACAGCGUGAUGCAGAUGGAGUACCUGAACAUGGUGGUGAAUGAGUCAAUGAGACUUUACCCUAUUGCUAAUCGCCUCGAAAGGAUGGCAAAGGCUUCUGUGGAAGUUAAUGGUGUGACCAUCCCAAAGGGAACUACCAUCAUGGUACCAGUUUACACUCUCCACCGUGACCCUGCUUUAUGGCCUGAACCUGAUGCCUUCAAACCUGAAAGGUUCAGCAAAGAGAACAAAGACAACAUAGAUCCAUAUGCCUUCCUACCAUUUGGAACAGGACCAAGAAACUGUAUUGGCAUGCGAUUUGCACUGUUGAUGAUGAAGUUAGCCCUAGUGGAGAUCCUUCAGAACUUUAGCUUUGUCACCUGCAAGGAGACAAUGAUUCCAUUGGAGCUGGGAAAUGAUGGAUUUACGACACCAAAGACUCCCAUCAAACUGAAGCUGAAGCUGAGAGAAACUGCUGCCGAUUCUCCUUCAAGCUAACUCUGAUUAUCUGUAACCUGGAAAUUCUCAUUUAAAUCUGCUUCUCUAUCAAAUCAGGCCACCAGUUUAUGUUGCCUGAAGUACCUCUUUUAAUCAAAAUCACUUAUAUUCUUCUAAAUUGAGAUUGUCUGUACUACAAGUACACUAACUAACCUCUCACCUGCAGGUAUGUACACUGUACUGUUUAAUAUGGAGGACUAGUCAAAAAGGAGCAUCUAUCUAUAGUCUAGACUCCACUUACAAAAUGUAUGGGUUACUUUUAUGUUUCACUUUAGACCAUUCAAAUAUAUUUCAGUAUACAAAAUGAUUUUGAAUACUACUGUAAGGGCCAUGUGCAUAACAUAUUACACAGCAUUUUCUCCACACAUAGUAUCUCCUUUCAUAGAAUUCCUCCAUGUAGAUUGUCUGGGUUAAUGCCACAUGCAACACAUCCCAUUUACUGUGCUGGAUGCAAAAUCACAAUGAUGGAUGUAUUUGAAAGCAGUUCAAUGUUAUGCCUUAUUAUUCUUCUUGUCUCUUUUUUACAUGAUUGUCAAGUUUCAACAUUAAGACUGAUGCUUGUAACCCACACCUUUCUUUCUGACAUACAACUGAAUGAUAAUUAGUUUACAUCUAGUCAGGUUUCACAAAAUUUGAGCACUGGCACUAUCAUUUUUACUGAGAUUUUGAAAUAUUGAAUUCAAGCACAGAAUUGGUCAUUAUUUUUGCUGUAUAUAUAUAUAAUAGAAAGCAAAUACCAAAUAACAUUUCAAUUUAAAACGAAUUAACAACUCAAGAACACAGUUUAUAUAUCUUGCAUACUUUCAAUAAGGAAUUCAAUUCCACAUUCAACCACACGUUUUGCAUUUCUCAAUUUCAAUAAGAAAACUGUGAAGUGGAGCCAACCACUUGGCUCCAGAAGUUCAUUUCUACUAAGCAGACCACUAGUGAUGUUAUUAUCCAGAUCUACUAACAGUUUUUUUUUCUACAUGUAUUUUAACACAUUACACAAUCUGUUGUAAUCGUUUUGAUAUCUCGAAUAUUAAAUCAAUCAAAAUCUGUGAAAAUA